AUGAGGCAGUGCUGGACUUGCUCUUAUUUCAAAUGUGAAUGUUCUAUUUUACUGGUGGACGAUGGCUUCUGGGAGGGAGAGCUGAACGGGCGGGUCGGGGUUUUCCCAUCGUUGGUGGUAGAGCUGCUCCACGAUGAAAGAGAGGAGGAGGAUAAGGAGGAAGAGUCUCUCCUCACCCCAACCAUGCCUCCCUUCUCCCCCUCCAGCCCGAGCCCCACUAACCCUGGCUGUAGCUCAGCCCUUAGUGCUACCCCCCCUAGCUGUGAGGAGGACACACAGCAGGUCUUUGCAGACAACACAGCAGAGCCUGAAGGCAGCAGCCACAGCUCUCCACACUUCUCCAGCGGCCGGCUAAGACCAUGUCGAGCGCCUCCUCCUCCUCCAACACACAAGCGUUCUCCUCAGCUCUGAGACUGUGUGUUCACAGGAAUACAGGACGUGUGAGGACCAGAAGAAAUCUGUAAUUGUGACUUUAUUGUAGCAUCUAACAAAAACUGUCAUUUGUUUGCUUGUAUUUGUGAGUAUUUAUCAGUGGUAAGGAACUUAAAGCAGGAAGACGUGUCACCUCAAUGUGAGCAGCAACAAUAAGCUGUUAGAAGUCUUGCUUUAAGAAUGUAACUGAGUAUUAACAUCAAAGUAUACACAAUAAUUGUAUUUUGUAUUAAAUUAAUUUAUGCAUUAAUGUGUUCAUUACUUUAAUGUUACAGUCGGACAACAACAUGUACUGCUUGUGAAUUUUACCAAAGGAUCUAUAAUGUUUAUCUUUAUCUAUAUGAACAAGAUGUAUUAUUAUUUGAUUAUAUCUUGUAUAUGAUCAUUUUUUAAAUAAUAAUUUGAUCAUUUGAAUUUACAUUUUCAUAGUCCCUUAAGUUAUCAGGUUAAUGUAUUGCAUUGAAAAGUAAAAUAUUUGAUUUGUGUAGGAGUAGAAAAAUAAAGUACAGUACUUGAGUAAAUGUUGCCACUGCAAAUAUGUUCCCCAACAACCAAUUUGACAGUGAUGUAAUGCCAACAUCUCAGUAGAAUUAUGUUUUCUUUUCAAUUUAGUAGAUGGGAAGCAAAAUAAAUGAAUAUUAACAUGAAUGCACGUGCUAAAGGUCCAGGGGUCUGCAGCAAAGCCUUAUGCAACAAUGUGAAAAAGUGCAUUUCAAACUUUCAAAAAUGAAUUAAACAAUAUUAGAAGUUGCUAAUGUUUCUCAAUGGUGCACUAAUGAUAGUAUAGUUCUGAAAAUAUGUUGGGUACACAAAUUACACCAUAAUACCUUAUUUAUUUUACAGAAAAUUGCAGAAUAAUAUGUUCUAUUACAUUCUGCAAGUAGUGAUUUACAGUACAAGUUAUAAUCCAAAACACUGGGUAGUGUACAGUAUAGCAUGAGAGUAUAUGUUAUUAUGUGACUGCAGGGGCAUCCAAACAUGAGAUAUAAGUAUUAUUUUGAAUCUUAUCAAAUUGAACCAUUUUGUUGUUGGCAACAUUAUUUUCAAUAUGUAGGACUGUUUUGUACUGGUUUUUAAUAUCAUAUAUUUAAUUAAAGUAAUUGUGUUGUGCUUUACUCCAAUGGUAUGAGAGGAAGUGUGAUCGUUGACUGAGCUCAACAAGGACACAGCGCUCAGGUUUGAAAAGCAUAGUUCUGGUAUUUAUUUCAUUAGAGUACAAUAUGAUACAUCUGCAUAUUUACAAGUCAUCACCAGCAUGUGUAGAACACUGUACAUAUGUGCCAGGUCCUGCUAGAGAGGAUACAUUAAACAUCAUCAAUCUGAGGAUCUAAAGCGAGAAUAAUAUGUGUUGAGCUGUUGAUAUGAGGACUUCUGUAGCUGCUGGUCUGUGUAAUGACUCACAUUUCCACAUUUUUGUAAUUGUCUUUUUGUAAUAUUGUUUUAAAAUCCGAAGGCCACAAAAUGGCCAGCUGACCAAAAUGUAUUUUUUUAUGGUCCCAUUAUUAAAACCAUGUUUAUUUGCAUGUGUUGACCUAAAGUUAAAAUGAAGAUCCAAGCAACCGAUGGUACACGGUAAAGAAAAGCAACAUAAUCCACACAUUAAGACUGCUGCUGGUGUGUGAAAUCAUGUCCUGCUCGACACUUCAUUCUGUUUAUAGUUUCAUAAUAAUAUUUUAGCCACAUUCGAUCUCCGUUGUUUUACCAUAAAGCCUUCUGAUCAAAUUUGCUUUGUAAAUUAACUAGCCUCUGAAUCUAGAUCUGUGUUGCACCAUUCUCACAUAUUCAUAUAUACAUCAUUUUAUAUUUGCAAUAAAAUGCACACAGAGGAUGCAUUUAGCCACUGUUUAUAGUGCAUAGUUAAAAAACAAAAAAAACAUGGCCCUCUUAUGCAGAUUUAUAUUUAGCAUGUUUCAACUAGAUAUGAUAUUGUAUAAAUGAUUUUCCUACAGGUUAAUGCAUGAGCACUGUUGGAAAGAUACACAACAGCUUGUCAGAAUAGAAUAAAUAUGUGGAUGGUGACGCAGUUUAACUGCAUCUAUGAAAGUUGAUGGAUGUGUGAGGUGUUGAUGUUACAAACAUGAAUAAAUCAUAAAAGGAUCUUCAUUUACUGCAGAGGCCUGGAUAACGAUAAUGUAUAUCCAACUUAAUGGUAUUUUAGACGUAUUGGAAGGAGACAUCCUGAUCAUAUGUCAAAGGUCACAUGGUCAAAGAGUAGAUGGAAGAUAUGGAAAUGUGGACAUACAGCGAGAGGAAAGCAGACGUCAGGCGUUCUGGUUAAUUUCCUAUAAAGGACAGGUAAGAAGCCAAAUUAUGUUUAAUUUACUAUUUUAUCCUCACAGAUGUCCUGAUGAUUUCACUCAUUCUACCAAAACAAAACAAAUGUAAUCAAGUUUGUAAAAACUGCAAUUGCUCUUAAAUGUUGCACUCUGAACCAAAUAUUUACAUUAUUGCUGCAAGCUAAAUCACGGUCUGGUUACUGUAGUAGUCUUUAUUUAUGAAGUGAGUACAGGCAGCAUGGACGUGUAAUAAGAGCUGGAUAAACUGUUGCCACUCAGCCUUGCUUCCAAUUUGGUGAAAUGGCAAUUUGCGGUAUUAGAGAAAAAUCCCCUGAUGGCCUGAAAAGUAUUCUCCUGACCACCAGGAUAAAGAGACGCCUGUGAAAGUGUUGAUACGACAUCUCGAAAUGCCAACAACAUUAUGACACUUGCUGAGAAAAUAUAUUUCAAAAACCGUGGUGUCAGUUGUGUGCUAUGCUAUGGGCCGAGCCAGAUCUGGUGCACGUAACACUGCUACACGUAUCAGUGUGUCACAAUGCCAGGAAGUUAACCCUGAAUCUAGGAAACUUUUCAGCGGUGAUAAAUUCCAAUCCAUUUGAGUUGGCGCCACCUUUUGGUCUGGUAUUAGUGAUGGGAAUUAUGGCUCUUGAAGGGAGCCGGAUCCUAUGGAUCCGUUCCUUUCCGAGAGCCGUUAAAAAGAGCCGUUACCAGGAUAAUGAUUGACUGUAUUGUCAGAAAUCUAAAUUUAUUCUUAGAAAAAUUUAUAACUUGCUACAUCUCUCAGCCAGCCAAACUACUACUCAAGCAGCAUGCGUUAUGCCAUCAUCUAUGGCAAAUUUGCAUUCAGGAAAGCAAGUUCCCGUAAAGGCGAGUGGAUUUAUGGCAGGCAGUGAACCAACGAUAAAAAGAACGGCUCUCACCAAGUACGACUCGGUUCCCUUCAUUCGUACCAGAAAGAUUGGAUUGUUCGCAAACGUAACAUCACUAUCAGGUAUACAGUUCUUAUGAGACAUCCAUGAUAGAGACCCAGUAAAGGCGAAAGGUGAAGGUGUGUGUGUGUGUGUGUGUGUGUGUGUGUGUGUGUGUGUGUGUGUGUGUGUGUGUGUGUGUGUGUGUGUGUGUAUACAUCCCACAACUGUAACUAUGCUAGAGACCACAGCUAAACUGCCUGUAACCAAGCAGCUCCAAAGUUUGAAUUUGUCUUUUUAAUAAUGCUCCAGAAUAAGGCAGGUAUGAUGGAUAUGGGAGUGAGUUCUACCCUAUAAUUAUAUACAUGAUAUACCAUAUCAAUGAAGGGUGCUACAGUCGUCAAUGUACAAUAUCGCCUGUCUCUCAUCUGAUGUAGAGGCUUUAGAAGUUUGACUAAAAAAUACAAAACCCACUUUAAAAUCCAUUAUCUUUUCAGUAUCACAGCUUUAACGACUGCAGAGUUUAUUUUGUGGAAGUUUCAUGUCUUUAUAUUUUGAGAUGUUAUUUCCAACCCAGUCUCACGGCAUUUCGUGUUAUAGUCACGACAUUUAAUCGACUGA